AUAUAUAUAUAUAUACACAACUUAGGGUUUCAUUUAAUUACAAUUGGUCCUCAUUUUAAUUUUCACGAUCUAUAAAAAUUUUCCCUUCACCAUGAAUAACCUUUCGAGAAUUCUCAUGAUCUCCAUGUUAGGCAUGUUCUUGUUUUGGAAAUCUUGCGAGGCCACGGUAUCAUGCAGCACGGUCAUAAGCGAUCUACAGCCAUGCGUUAACUACCUGGUUAACGGGAGCGGGGACCCACCCACGAGUUGCUGUGCCCCCCCCCCCGCCGAUAAAAAGGACGUUUGCAAAUGCAUCAAAUCGGUGGCUAACGGCGUUACCGUUAAGCCCGAAUUGGCUAAGAACCUUGCCAACAACUGCGGUGUUAAAACCGACGUCUUGGUGUCUCCCGACACUGACUGUUCCACGAUAAAUUGACGGUGAUAUGCAAAAAUCGAUCGAUGGAGCAAUGUUCCUAAAUUAUCGUUCCCUUAUAGACAUGCGUUGUUUGUACAAAUAAAGACCUAUUGUUGGGUCAUGGUUGUGUUUGUAUAACUUUGGUCAUGUAUUCUGCAUAUUAAUCCAUCAUUUUUUUUCUACAAA